AUGUUACCUGACAGUGUAGCCCCUGCGACAUGUUUACCUGACAGUGUAGCCCCUGCAACAUGUUUACCUGACAGUGUAGCCCCUGCAACAUGUUUACUUGACAGUGUAGCCCCUGCAACAUGUUUACCUGACAGUGUAGCCCCUGCAACAUGUUUACUUGACAGUGUGGCCCCUGCAACAUGUUUACCUGACUCGUGUGCCGACUCUAACACUGACAGUGUAGCCCUUGCAACAUGUUUACCUGACAGUGUAGCCCCUGUAACAUGCUUACCUGACAAUGUAGCCCCUGCAACAUGUUUACCUGACAAUAAAGCCCCUGCAACAUGUUUAACAGACAGUGUAGCCUCAGUAACAUGUUUACCUGACAAUCAAGCCCCUGCAACAUGUUUAACAGACCGUGUAACCCCUGCAACAUGUUUACUUGACAGUGUAGCCCCUGAAAAAUGUUUAUUUGAAAAUCUAGCCCCUGCAAAAUGUUUAACAGACAGUGUAGCCCCUGCAACAUGUUUACCUGACAGUGUAGCCCCUGCAACAUGUUUACCUGACAGUGUAGCCCCUGCAACAUGUUUAGUUGACAGUGUAACCCCCGCAACAUGUUUACCUGACAGUGUAGCCCCCGCAACAUGUUUACCUGACAGUGUAGCCCCUGUAACAUGUUUACCUGACAAUCUAGCCCCUGCAACAUGUUUAACAGACAGUUUAGCCCCUGCAACAUGUUUACCUGACAGUGUAGCCCCUGCAAAAUGUUUACCUGACAGUGUAGCCCCUGUAACAUGUUUACUUGACAGUGUAGCCCUUGGAACAUGUUUACCUGACAGUGUAGCCCCUGCAACAUGUUUACCUGACAGUGCAGCCCCUGCAACAUUUUUACCUGACAGUGUAGCCCCUGCAACAUGUUUACUUGACAGUGCAGCCCCUGCAACAUGUUUACCUGACAGUGUAGCCCCUGCAACAUGUUUACCUGACAGUGUAGCCCCUGCAACAUGCUUACCUGACAGUGUAGCCCCUGCAACAUGUUUACCUGACAAUCUAGCCCCUGCAACAUGUUUAACAGACAGUGCAGCCCCUGCAACAUGUUUACCUGACAGUGUAGCCCCUGCAACAUGUUUAACUGACAGUGUAGCCCCUGCAACAUGUUUACUUGACUGUGUAGCUCCUGCAACAUGCUUACCUGACAAUCUAACCCCUGCAACAUGUUUAACAGACAGUGUAGCCCCUGUAACAUGUUUAAAAGAUAGUGUAGCCCCCGCAACAUGUUACCUGACAGUGUACCCCCUGCAACAUGUUUACCUGACAGUGUAG